GAAUUAGGGGACUCGACAGUACUCUUAUCGCUUGGACGGCAGUGGGUUGGCCACGGCGGACUUUGCCUGUGCUCAAAACAUCCGUGCUGCUUCGUGCAAGCUUCUCGCUUCGGUCUGUGAAGCACCCCAGAACGUGCCGCAUACACGUAGUCUGACUAGCGAGCCACUCGACUACGAGGGCCGGGAAGCCUUUUCUUCACACAUUGCUCGACAUGCCUAAACGUAUUCCGACCCCUCCCCCGCCCGAUGACGAGCCGCGAUUUCUAACGGUCCAUUAUCCGUAUCCUCUGCAUGCCAAUGUGGAGCAUAUGGGCGAUCGUCUUGCCUUUGUCUACUGGAUCUCCUCCAUCAUAGGCGCAAAGAGCUUCUACGCUUUCUAUUACAGACCCAGGACCGCACACAAUGUUCUAAUCGAAAUCGAUCGUAGCUACAAGGGUGUGGAGAGGCUUCUCGGCGAGCACCGAUGGGCAGAGUUUCUGCGAAACCCGUCAGAUACCGAGAAGCAGCAGGUCUCCAAGAUUUUCUAUUGCACGCACAGCUCGGGACGGGAGGUGCAGAAAUAUGGUUGGAAGCGCCUUGAUGUGCUAGAAGAGUGGUUCGAGGAAGAAAAGUGGAUCCCGAUAAACAAGCUGAUCGUGCAUCCAUAUCCCGCCACUUACUACUGUGAGGUGCCCAAAGAGGACAAGACCAGAGAGCCGCUUUGCCGCCAUCUACCCGUCCGCGUAUUCCCUCCGCCUCCACCUGAGGUACCGCCCAAAGUCGGCACGCCGGAAUGGAUCACAUGGAGGGAACAGAAAAAACUUUAUGAUCAGCUGCUCGGGAGGCGCUCUGAUCGGCGCAAGGCGGAAGCCACUGAAUGGACCUGGGAUGAUCCAACUCUGCCGUCGAAGGAGCCUGAAGGUGGCGAGCAUGAAGUCAGCCUUGGCGUCAGCAACAUCGGCGAUUGGGCUCAGAGUCCAGCGGCCGCCGCCAUGCAGGCACCUCCGGGCCUGGGGCCAGCCAGGCGCAACGUACGAUACUACCAAGAGCCACCGCCCGUGCAGUACAACACGAGCGGAAAGUCGUCCAUCCACUCAAGCUCUUCGAACGGAUGCGAUAACUCGGACCCAUUGUUCACUCCCGGUGGGCCGCAGAAUGAUCAUGCUGUCGUUCUCAACGUACAGGACGCCAUGCAGAGCCUCUCGGUGGACGACGACCUGUAUGACAUGGAGGAUGAUGCGCCGGCGGUUCAGGGCUGGUGGGCCAAGGACAAUAGCCCAAGUGGGGCUGCGCCACCGGUGGACUUGGAAGAAAAGGACGGCGACGCUGGCGCUAUGACGAACUUGUGGGAAAGUAUGCCGAAGCAGCCAGAGUCAUCGUUGCCUGAGUGCUCGCUCCACAUUCUCAAGUACUCCAAGGUUUGUAGGGAAUGCGAGCCGUUGAUCAAGCUGAAGAGGAAGCUUGAGGAAGCGGGGAAUGAGGAUAGUACUUUUUCUUCCCGACCAUAUGAGAAGGCGAAGGGCGAGGGUCAGCGUCAGCGUCGGAAAAAUUCGUCGUCUGCCCCGGACUGGCGUGCGAAGUCAAACAAAGGUCGUGCUCCGCCCACAGCCGCAGCCAACGUUCCACCCAAGCCCUCUCGGCUGCUCAACAAGGCAAAAGCGACGCCAGCUUCAAACGGCGCGUCCACAUCGAACAAGAAGGAUGGCGAUGCUUCCGAGCCUACUAGUGCAUCCGACUCUGAGUCCAUAUCUGAUCCUUGCACACCUCCCCCACCCAGAGGUACCAGCAGGCGGCCUCAGCCCCCAUCCCAACCCAAGCGUGUCAUACCCCCUCGCCCUGCUCGUCUCGAGAGGAAGGGCACUCGUGCGAACGCGAAUUCCACUAAUGUUGGAGAAGCUGCCACAGAGGAGGCUCCCAAGGCUAUUCCACCCCGUCCCGCCCGGCUCACGAGAAACAAGGCUCCUGCUGCCACUGUAGAGGCUCCCGUUGCUGUAGAAGAGCCUCCCAAGGCCAUUCCACCCCGGCCCGCCCGGCUCAUGAAGAACAAGGGUCCUACUACCCCAGCACCGCCCGAGACUGAGUGGGAUGCAAAGAGCGAAGCAUCGUCUCUGUGGCCGGAGCCCGAUAACGAGGAUCCGUGGGGCUCUGUCCCUCCUCUGCCUGCGGGCUCUGGCCGAAAGGGCAGCAACAAGAAGGGCAAGGGAGGACGCAAGACGUGGGCAGACGAAGUGGAGGAGGAGGAAGCGCGGAUUUUCGCGCAGGCAGCCUUGUGAAGGUCUACGCUCAUACCCGUGUUCGUGGGUCUAGGAACAGUGCGUGAAUCGCUUUGUGUGCUGCAAUUUGUCGUCUCUUUGUCAGUGUAACGCAUACGGAUCAUGGAUAUAGAAGAGAAUAUUGGAUUAUCGUCACCGAAUGUUACCUUUGUACCUUUCGAUGCCUAGCAGCGCAAGCCUAUACAGUAGAAUUGGCUAUGUGUGGAUAACGAACGUCAUUGAAG